UUAAUAAAGCCUUUCAUGUUUCAAACAACUCAACAUGGCACUCAAUUUAGUUGUUAAGGUUCAUCCUGUUGUUUUAUUUCAAAUCGUUGAUGCCUAUGAGCGUCGAAAUGCUGAUUCACAUCGUGUUAUUGGAACCUUGCUAGGUACCUGUGACAAAGGAGUAGUGGAGGUGACCAACUGCUUCUGUGUGCCUCACAAGGAACAUGCAGACCAGGUGGAGGCAGAGUUAAAUUAUGCCAUGGAUGUUUAUGAACUUAACCGUAGGGUUAAUGCUUCAGAAAACAUUGUUGGUUGGUGGGCGACUGGCAAUGAGGUGACCAACCACUCGUCUGUGAUCCAUGAGUACUACUCGCGCGAGUGCCGCGAGCCGGUGCACGUCACGCUGGACACGUCACUGGCGGGUGCGCGAAUGGGGCUGCGCGCGUACGUAUGCGUGGCCCUCGGAGUGCCGCGCGGGAAGCAGGGCUGCAUGUUCACGCCCAUUGAUGUGGGACUAACAUACUACGAGCCCGAGAUUGUGGGUCUCCAACUGUGCCAGAAGACGAUAGGGCCCGGUGGUCGCUCGCGUCAGGUACAGCCCGCCGUCGACCUGGCGCAGGUAGCCGAUGCUGCCUCUAGGCUAUCUGGUUUAUUGGACCAGGUGGUGCAGUAUGUGGAGGAGGUGCUGUCGGAGCGCACGACGCCCAACAACGCGGUGGGCCGCCAGCUGCUGGAGCUGGUGAGCGCGCUGCCCGACCUCGCCUCCGCCUCCUUCGCGGACGCUUUCGCCGGAGGCGUCAAGGACCUGCUCAUGGUGGUAACUCUCGCACAACUCAUCAAGACACAGCUGCAACUGAACGAGAAGCUCACUCUGCUGACGUCGCAGUGAGAUUCAUCUCGCGUGGAUUCAGUUUGGUCACAUUGAACUUCUCACAACUUGCAUUGCCGGGAGAAUUAAAAGUCAUAAAACUCAAUAAAGCGAAAAUGUACCCAA